AUGGUUGCCGAGAACAAAGAAACCGUGGACGACAUCCAGGUCGAGAGCGCGCCCCAAGUCCAACAUGACAAGGGUGCCGCUUCAGCGGAUGUCAACGAUGACCUCGCCAAGAAGUUUGCUGGACAGAAGGGUGCGGCCGCCGAGUUCCUCAAGCAAAUUGAGCAGCCCAUAGUCGUGACCCCGGAAGACAACAAGCGCGUUUUGCGAAAGAUUGACUGGCGUAUUCUGCCUAUUAUUCUCUUCGUUUACUGCCUCCAGUCCCUCGAUAAGACAACUCUCUCGUACGCGUCCGUUUUCGGCCUUAUCAAGGAUACGAACCUCGUCGGUGAUCAAUUCUCAUGGCUCGGCUCUGUUGUCUACGUGGCCCAGCUGGUCUUUCAGCCUCUGAUUGCCUACUUCCUCGUCAAGUUUCCCAUUGGAAAGUUUUCUGCUACCAUGGUUUUCCUAUGGGGCGCGGUUCUUUGCUGUAUGGCCGCGAGCCAUAACUUUACGGGUCUUAUGGUAACUCGGUUACUUCUCGGCAGUUUCGAGGCUUCAGUUGCACCCACCUUCGUUGCCGUUGUUCAAAUGUGGUAUCGACGACGAGAACAAACUACAAGAAAUGCUGCGUGGUACAGUACCUUAGGAAUAGUGAAUAUGCUCGGAAGUUUACUCGCGUACGGCCUCGGACACAUUCAGUCCUCUCUCCGUCCUUAUCAGAUCAUUUUCCUCUUUUGUGGCGCUGUCACCGUUGCCUUCAGUGCUGUUAUGUUUAUCUUCAUGCCAGACUCUCCAAUCACAGCCAAAUUUCUCAACCAAGAGGAGAAACAUGUCGCGGUCGAGCGUCUACGAAUGAAUCAACAAGGAAUGGGCUCUGGAGAAUGGAAAUGGGACCAUGUUAAGGAUGCUGCACUCGACCCAAAGACAUACCUUUGGUUUACCCUCAUUUUCCUCAUCUCCAUUCCCAGCGGUGGAAUCUCGACUUUCGGGCCUCUUAUCAUCGAAAGUUUCGGCUUCGACAGCUUCACAACGAUCCUGUUCAAUAUCCCCUUCGGCGCGGUUCAGAUGAUUGCAACCCUUGGAGGAGCUUUCCUGGCCGACAAGAUCCGCAUGAAGUCUCCAGUCCUCCUCCUUCUCUGCCUACCCCCUAUUGCCGGAUGCUCUAUCCUCAUGGCUGUUGGCCGCUCUCCCUCCGAUCGCGCUGUUCUUCUUACCGGAUACUAUAUCGUUUCGUUCUACCCCGGCAUCUCCCCCCUGAUCUACUCUUGGUCUGGCCAGAACACUGGAGGAGACACCAAGCGUAAGGUCACCACCGCUAUUAUCUUUAUUGGACAGUCAGCGGGCAAUAUUGUUGGUCCUCUUCUGUUCCGCCCUACCGAGAAGCCAUACUAUUCCCGUGGUCUCCGGGCUAACUUGGCCAUCUUUGUUGCUCUGGCUGUGGUGGUUGCCCUCGGAAUGCUGCUCAUUAAGAUCCUAAACAAGAGACAAGCCGCUAAGCGUGUCGCUAUGGGCAAGUCUGAGCAUAUUGUCGAUGUCAGUAUGGCUGCAGGCAACGCAAUUGAUAACGAUGAGAACAAGGCGCAGCAGCUUGUUGACGAGGCUCAGGGCGAGAGCGCUUUUGAGGACAUCACGGAUAACAAGAAUGAGGAUUUCAUCUAUGUAUACUAG